UUUUACGCACACAUGCACCGGAGAGGAGGGCGCAUGACACACGGCACAAUUACAUGAGCGAAUUUAGGGAGACGCGCACGCGCGUAAAUACCGAAAGAGGGGGAGAGAGAGAGAGAUUAAAGAGAGCAGAUAAAAAUGACAGGUUUGUGUUGUUGGAGACAUUAAAGGUCGUCCAGAGUCUCAGUUUAGAGAAGGAAGGACGGAGAGGAAGAAGCAGAAAAGAGGAUUUGUUGACAAAAUCACCAACUUAGAGAAGCUCCUCCUCUCCCUGAUGUAGCCGCGAGUCGGAACCUCCUUAAUUACUAAUUUCUCCACAUCCAAGCCACGCUCUCUCUCUCUCCCUCCCUCCCUCUUUCUCUCUGUCUUUCUCUCUCUCUUCCUGUCUGUCUCUUUUCUCUCUCUCCAUUCCUCCAUCCAUGCUUCUCUCAUCCUGACCCUCCUUUCUCUCUCCUCUCUGUCUCUCUUUCGUUUCCAGCCCGGAUAACGGAGGUGGACGAGCUUGGAGUUGUGUGUUAUUAUUUUUUGUUAUUAUUUAUUCCUAGUUUUUGGGAGACCCGCCACCGGGCAUGGAGGAUGUAAAAGACCCGCCGACCGUCCACCGGUCCUCCUCCUUCAGCAUCAAGAGCCUCCUGCUGCCCUCCAAGUGCGACAGACCGGACUCCGCCGCUGCGGUCGCCGGUAUACCCGGGACCCUCUCUCCCUCACCGGGCUCCGACUCUGAAAAGUCGCUGGACCCGCCGGAGGUGGACUCCACGGCCGCGGCUCUGGACCCGGAGAAACCGGGCAAGGAGGAGCAGGGGGAAGAGGAGGAGGACGGAGGAGGAGGCGGAGGAGGGGACGGCGCCAAGGCAACACAGGAGCAGAAUACUAACGGUAAUAACAGCGGGAAAAACGGAAAAUAUGACAAGCCUCCGUUCAGCUACAACGCCCUGAUCAUGAUGGCCAUCAGGCAGAGCCCCGAGAAGCGGCUCACGCUGAACGGCAUUUAUGAGUUUAUCAUGAAAAACUUCCCCUAUUACCGCGAGCACAAGCAGGGCUGGCAGAACUCCAUCCGGCACAACCUGAGCCUCAAUAAGUGCUUCGUUAAGGUGCCCAGGCACUACGACGACCCGGGGAAGGGGAACUACUGGAUGCUGGACCCUAGCAGCGAUGACGUUUUCAUCGGGGGGACUACCGGGAAGCUCCGCAGGCGCUCCGCCACCUCCCGGGGCAAACUGGCGAUGAAGCGCGGGCUGCGCUUCGCUCCUCUCGGCUUGGGGAUUAACGAACGGGCGAACAACCCGCUUUACUGGCAGAUUUCUCCGUUUCUUUCCCUGCACCAUCACCACCACCAUCACCCGCAUUACAACGGAUCCUCACCCGGGUUUUUGAACCAGGCAGCCGGCUAUGGGUCGCUGCUGCCCGCGGUGGAGCAGCUGAGCAACGGGGACCUGGGGCGGUCCAUCCUCGGCGGGUCGGCCGCUGGGGCGCUGGGCUUGACGAACAGUUAUGGGAUGAGCACGUCGCCGGUCGGACUGCUCUCCGGGCAGACUGCCGGAUAUUUCGUCUCAGGGACCCAACACGCUGCUGCAGCGGCACAGGGGCCGCCGGGAGGAGGACCGCCGCCUCCACCGCCUCCCCCGCCUCCGCAUCUCCAGCAGGGCGCACCGGGGUUCGGCGGCCUAGCGACCACGAGCUCCCCGCAGUCCCUGCUAUCGGACUCCCUCAGAAACAGCUCCCUACCGGCCUUCUCCCCGGGCGUGUCCGCAGGGUUUCCUGGGAUGCUAUCCCAUCAAAAGAGGGUGACCCCAAACGCUUUCCUAAACUGAACUCCCCACCCCUCCCUCACCCUUCCUCCCCCAUCACCAUCACCUCUUCAUCGAUGGCACCGGGACGAGGACGCACAAAAGACGUCAUGUUAAGGGCAAAAAUAAGUGGUAAAUAUCAAACACUGAUCGCAAAAAAUAUAUAUGAAGUGAAACUUUUUGGCCAUAUUCUGCCCCGAAGUGCAACGGGUUUAUUUUGAUUAUUUUGUUCGCAUUCUAUUGAAAAAGGGACAAACUUUUGUUACCCGCGGGUUGUACAACUGUAAACUAGACUUGCCAAAGGUAACGCUAUAAGUAUAUUUCAAGCUAUUUAUAUCUUGUACAAAGAUUUUCAGUACUUUCUUUGAGUCUUUUAUUUAUGUUUUGUAUUUAUUGUACAAUGUAUUUAAAUUCUAUUUGUCAGUGCAUACUAAUCAGUAUUGAGGAAAAGGGGGAGGGAGGGUGGUGACUUACAGGGUUAAUAAUUAUUUAUGAAUUUUGAGACAAUCAAGGAGAAAAAAAGACAAUCAAAACUUUUUCUUUUCUCUUUUUUUGGGAGGAAAAACUUUUGAAUAAGUACAUGAUGAAUAAAUGAAGCCUUAAAAUCAGAAGCAGAAACAAUCAGGGGUUUUGAGAGGAAAAAUAAGCCUACAAAUCAUAUCUCUACUCAGGUUUGACCCCAGACAGGCCUAAUAAUAAUACAAUGAAUAUGAAUAAUUCAACUGCUCUCUGUGAAGAGUUUCCUUCCAAAAUAAAGAUAUCCUAUACACUGCUAUACAGUGCUAAACAUUGGAUUUUUGACUUAAACCGCCCCUUUAAAUAAGAAAAAAAGUAAAUAAAGAAGUGGAUACAAAUGUUUUUGGAAUAGAACUCUUCAUAUAAAAUUAUGCAAAACAACGCGUUUUUGUAUGUUUUCUGUUCAUUAUCAAAGCCCAGACUGUCCUUUUUUCACUUCAGUUGAUUUUGGUUUGAUCGUGUGUGUGUGUGUGUGUGUGUGUGUGUGGGUAGGUGUGCGUUUCCAGGCCUGGGCACUGAGCGUAAAACCUCCUGCGCAUGUGCGCUAAGGGCCGCCGUUCCAGCAAACAGCCUGCUAAUUUUCAAAUAACAUCACUUUUUGCCGCCGCCAUCCCUUUUUUAUGACCCGCUGAAAGUUUUAAAGUGACCGGUGGGGGCUGAGUGUAUGGAGGCCUCUGAAUGCUGAAACUUUUUUUUUUUUUUUUUUUUUUUUUUGCCGUUGUAGCUCUGUUUCUCUGAGAAAACAAACCGAACGGCUCUAAAGAAUACUCAGGCCCUGCAUCACACCCACACGCACACACACCCACACACACACAACUGUUGUCAGGUGAAAAACUUGUAUCUCCAAAAUACCAUUUUUUUUUGUUCUUGUCCUUAGAGACAGUUUCAUGAAAAUAAUCUUGGCUUCAAAUUACCAGUGCUUUCAAAAUCAUCUCAUGGUCUUCAUCCAUGUAAGACUCAGUUGAGACACUUUUAGUUUCAUUUAUUUUAAGUUGGGUGAUAGAGCACUUUUUGGAAUUAUCUUUUAGUUAGUUUUAUGCACUUGAGCUGAAAUUGGUUACAAUUCAGAACAGCGUAGGCCUAAUUCACCAACUUAGACAAAAAUCAAGAAAAUUGGAGAUACAAGGUUUUCAGCCAACUGAUAUAUAUGCAACUUUUUUCAUUUUCAUUUUUCUUUUUAAACAUCAACAACAACAAAAAAAAAAAACCUUGCAUCAGCUGACCACAGCAGUGAGGGAUGGGCCACCAUUUACAAUCUGAUACUGAUAUUAAUGUUUGUUGUGUGAUACAAAGGUUUUAGUGAAAAGACAACCAGGUGUUUUUUGUUGUUUGUUUUGUUGUUGUUUUUACAAAUUUUUGUUUCAUGACAGCAUUAUUUUUUAAUUAAUUCUGUGAUUUUAUUGCAACAUGUGACAGGUUUCAUAAAAAAGCCUGCUUUUUCUAUUUGCAGCCCAGAACUUUAACCUUUCUUUUUAGAAAAUUAAAAUGUCUAAGCAUUUCAUUUACAACGUGUCCCAAAAUGUAAGUUCAAAGAUAAAAACACAGAUGUCUUUUCACCAAACCAUGCUCAUUUCAGUGUACUGCUUAUAUGCAUCAGAUUUUUUUUUCUCAUACUCAUAAAAAAAUAUUUAAUUCCUCAUUAAAUAAUUCAGAAUUCAUUUUGAAAUUAUUAUUUGGUAGAGAUCAACAUAUUUUGUUUCAACAGAAUAGCAGCUGUGGUUUAGCGGCCAUAAAAGUUUUAGCACAAAAUAAAAAUGUCAGAAAACACUGAAAGAAAAAUAACUUUUCAAAAUUAUGUUAAAUUUUUGAAUCAGCAUUAUGCAGGUUUUAAAAUAAUAAUAUAUAAUAGUAAUUUUGCAAAUCUACUUUUAUUGAUCUCUUCCUGACUGUUUACAAAGAAAAACAUCAAAAUAAAUUAGAAAGCGUACAAAGCGCUAAAGUGCAUCUUACAUCAGCGAAAGCCUUGUGACUGCAUUUGAAAAACAAAUAAAAUAUUGCAUUUUUUCAAUAAACACACCAAAUGAGUAGCAUUUGACUAUGAAAGUAUCGAUCACUGUGGUAUUGAUCGGCCCGUCCUCUCAGGUCUGUGCUGUCUGAGCUCUGCAACACAAUCCCGAUCAAAUAAAUGUUGCCUUUGCAAAAAUAAAGCAAAUAGAAGCUCCAGUAGAGAACAGGAGGCAGCAGAUACUGUGGAUGAUAUUUUGCAAAAUAUCCAUUUAUGGCUGAUAUGUAGCAACUGAGCAAAAUAAUAUAAAAAUAUAAGAUUUCAGACAUGGAAAGGUGAAACCUUGAUGUAAAUUAUUUCAGUUGAAUGGAAAUAAAAACUUUUUAAACUAUAAAGGUCUACAAUCUUGCCAUUCACCACUGAUGUUAAUAUUAAAUGACACUGAUGAAUAUUUCUAUUAUUAUUAAAAUUAUCAUCUGUUCUGGGCCUUUUAUUGAAAAAUAAAUAUCAUCCACUGACUGUAAAUGAGCUGCAGUUGAAUUUAAUUUAACAUGAUUUAAAUUUGGGUCUCUGAGUUAUGGAAAAUGAACCUCUUGUGUAUUUUUCUGUUGAUAAUUCAAACAACUGUCCAUGCAAACAUCAACUGCUGAAUGGUGAACUUCUCCCAACAUUAAAUUUAAAACUGAUAUUUUUUACAGUGCAAGAACUUAUAUAACCUAUGACCAAAAUAAAAGCCUCCUGGAGCCCAAAAAGAGGCUGACCUUGUCAACACACACACACACACACACAGCUGACACACAUUCAGAUAGUACACAUAAGUAAACUAACAGAAAAGCAAGAAUAUUUUUGGAAAACAGAACAGACACAGUCCAGCAGGUCUGACUGAGCCACAUUACAUUCAAAUAUUAAAAUGUCGAAAUGUUUAAGUUUCUGAACAACAGAAAUAGAAACAGGGUUGAUUCCCAGCAGGAAGCAGACUGAUCCAGGCUCAGAGUUUAUUUUUUCUUCAAAUUAAAUCUCUGUCCAUUUAACUUUUUGGUUUUGUAAAAAAUUAUUUUGGGGUUUUUACUUUUUUGCACUUUUUUGUUGUUAGCGUUCACUUGUAUGAAAUCUGUACUAUUUUGUUGCUCUCUGUCUGUUUUUGUUUUUUGUUGUUGUUUUUUUUUCAGAGCAACUAAAUUUGAUUAAAAAGGAUGAAAUAACCUGAA